AUGUGGGUAUGCAUGGCUCUGCCAUGGUAUAAUUUUGGCUCGUACGGUAACCGUGAUGCUGAGGAACACGACUCGUGGCUGGCAGACCAGAAUAUCCUUGGGAACUACGAUAUGGGACCAUCUAAGAAGAUCUGA